GCGUAUAUACGCGCAAUAGCUGGCAAUACUGCCCGGUAAAAGAAACUGCACCUGGUCAAAACUGAGGUAGAUAGUGCGCGGUCGGCUGGUUUUGUGGUGUCCACAGUCAAAUCCUGUGUGUGGCAGGGAACAGCAAUACAGUCCCCAAAGCCUCCGCUCUCGAUAAUCAACCUUGACAAAGUUUUGAAGUGUAUUUAGAGAAAUAGAAAUUUACAAAUUUCAACUCCACUACCAACUAAGAUGGACAGCAGGAACAGCCACCACUAAGAAAUGUGCCAAUUUUAUCUGAAUCAGAUGGUGAUAGUAUGCCUAAUGCACCCUUCCUUACAGAAGCUUGAUAGGCUUUUUCAAGAUGGCGUCGGCUUUCACUAAAGAAGAGAUUGACCUUCGAGAUGCUUGGACUGAUGAUGAUGAUGAAGAAGAAGAGGACCAAUUGGUGAUGGUUGAAUUGACAGGGAUUAUUGAUUCAGACAUUUUGAAAAAGUGUGACAAGAAAUGCAAGAUUUUGGGAAUAAAUACUGAAAAGCCUUUCCUUCAAGUUGAUAAAUAUGUGUUUGCUGGAGAGUAUGAAGAUGCGCUUGGUACAUGUGUUAUCUUUGAAGAAGACCCAAACCAUAUUGAUGAAGACCAUAAAAAACCACAGUUAAAGUACAAGUGUCAUACAGUAAAAAAACUAAAUAUGACAAGAACAUUUUUGACAGAAAAGAAGGAAGGUGAUGCAGGUGGGAAGAUAGAAUGGUUUCAUAUCAAAGACGUUGGUUCUUCCAGUUUGCCCACUACAAUGUGCAGCUUUGCACAAGAAAAUGAGGAUGGAGGAGAUUCUCAGAGUGAUGAAGAGCAAGAACUGGAUCGAUCAAAUGAGGACAGUGGACAACUGGAACAAAGUUUUGGAAUGGAAAAACAGGACACUGAAAUGAAAGAAGAAUGUGAAAAUGGGAAUUUGGGACUAGACAAGGAAGAAAGGCAGGGCUUUAAAUGGAAAGGCAAACAGGUGUCCGAGAAGAAAGAAAGUCAGAACUCUGAACUUAAAGAAAAGCUGGAAUCUGAUAAGCAGGAAAGAGAGAACUCUGCAUCCGAAGGUAAGCUGCAAUUUAAUGAGCAUGAAAGACAGGACUCUGAAUCUGAAGGAAAACUGGAAGCUUAUGAGCAGGAAAGGCAGGCCUCUGAAUCAAAGCUGGACUCCAACAAGGAUGAAAGUUAAGACACUGACUUGGAAGAAAUACUUCAACGUGGGAGGGAAAAAAUGCAUCCAACAUUUUGAAGUUACAACAUUUAAAUUGAGAUAUCUACUAUAUUAUAAUUAUGAUUUGUAAUAAAUAUGGCUAAGGAUUUACUCUUCCUUAAAAAUGUAUUCAUUUGUUUCAUUUGUACAGUUGUAUCUGUAUAGUAACAUUUUACCUGAAGCAACCCUUUGGAUUGUAUUUGAUUUAUAUGUUUUUAUAACCUUUCAAGCAUCUGUUAAAGUUAUAUGGUAAAUAGAUACAAAUAUACAAGA